GGCGCAGGAGAUGAUUAUAAGCUUUGCAAUUUUUCGAUCUUGCGACAUGUAUAGUAUUAUUAUUUUCUAAUUUAGAUUCUUGCUGUAAAAUAAUUCUGUAUUGUGUUAUUAAUUAUCUCAUGCGCAUUUAUUUGAUAGAGUUGAAAUGGAAGCUAAGAAAGUUGUAGCUGAUUUGACCCAGGUUGAGAAAUUGAAAAGCGACAAUUAUAAUGUUUGGCGCUAUGAGAUCCAAUUUCUCCUUAAUGAGCUAGAGGUCUUGGAGACCUUCGACCAUGAGAUGGUUGAGCCAAAGCAUAGUGACUCACCACAGUAUCUUUGUGAUCUUGAGGCCUUUGAAAAAUGGUACAAGAAAGAUCAGUGGGCGCGACUUACUAUGGUACGCAGCAUGCACAAUGAUUUGAUAUGUGAGUUUGAGUACUAUGAGACUGCUCAUAAGCUGUGGAAAGCUAUCAAACAAAAAUAUGAUAUCGAUUUCUUGACUAAGAUGGUCUCAAACUUGAAAUGUGAUGAUGAACAUAAAUCCGAGAUCAUGAAGGCUAAGCGCCAAGAGGCUGCUGGGCCACAUGGUUCAUGCAUCAUAGUUGAGACUGUCCCUCGUAGGUUUGGGUACCAGCGAAGGAAGGCUAAAUCCGCCCUUAAGAAAGGAGCUGCUAUAGGCAUUAACCCUAUUGGCGUUGAUUCUUUUAAGCGCAAUAGAGGUAAGAAGAAGAGUGGUAACAAAAACAAGGCUAGAAAGGCGUGCUUUUACUGUGACAAGUUGGGACACUUUGCUCGUGAGUGCACUGAGCCUAAGAAGACUCAAGAGCAACCAACCAGUUAGCGAGGAAACGAGAUAGGUUUGUGGAGUAUCGCUGAGUUACAGUUGGAGGCCAAAGAUUUUUCAUGGUAAACAAGUCUAGUGUGUUGGUGCUGGGCAUUGGCAAGCUGGACAUGCGACAUGGGCGCACUUAGUUUUUUUCAUGAAGAACUUUAUGCUCCAAGAAUUUGACGAAACUUGUUAUUAGUCACUAGCAUGAUGGGUCUAAGUUUUUAUUUUUGUUUGAGAGUAGCUAAGUGAGGAUUGAUUUGGGUACAAUUUAUUAUGGUUUUGGAUUGUUUGAUAAUACUAGAUGCUAUUAAUUUUAAUUUUAAUAAUAAUGCUAGUGAUUCUAUUUGCUUUGUUA